AUGCAGAAAAUUAUUGUACUCUCUUGUGAAUGGUGUGUAGGAGAAUGGUGGAAUAACAACGUCGAAGAGGUUGUUAAACAAGGAAACAAACUGGGAUUGCCAUCAAAUAUGUCAGAUGCACACCCCAUCAAUGAUGGGAAGCCAGGGCCUCUCUUUCCCUGUUCUGAAAAACGCACAGCAUUCUGUAGAAAAGUUGUUGCCUACAAUAAGUUUAUACAAUGCACAUGGUGGACGUAUACCUAUGCAUUGGAGGUUGAACAGGGAAAGACGUACCUGCUACGAAUCAUCAAUGCUGCACUCAAUGAUGAGCAAUUCUUUGCCAUUGCUGGUCACAACUUGACAGUGGUAGAAACUGAUGCAGUCUACACCAAACCAUUCACAUCUCAAGCAAUACUAAUAGCGCCAGGUCAGACCACGAAUAUUCUUGUUCAAGCCAAACAAGCGCCCGACAGAUGUUUCAUGGCAGCUAGGCCAUUCAUGGACACACCAGUUUCCAUUGACAACAAAACUGCCACUAGAAUACUGCAGUACAAAGGCAUCCCAAAUACUGUGCAGCCAGUUCUUCUCCAACUUCAGGCAAUCAAUAACACAGUUUUUGCAUUGAGCUUCAAUGCCAAGCUAAGAAGUUUAAACACAGCACGGUUCCCGGCCAGCGUACCUCUUAAAUUUGAUCAGCGUCUCUUUUACACGAUCAGGUUGGGAAUCAACCAAUGCACGACUUGCCUCAAUGGAACACAGCUCACUGCUUCUUUAAACAAUAUCACAUUUGUGAUGCCCCAAAUUGGGCUGCUUCAAGCUCAUAAUUUCAACACCAAGGGAGUAAUUACCACAGAUUUCCCAGACCGCCCUCUAACACCUUUCAAUUACACUGGUGCACCAAUCACUGCCAACCUUGGCACUAAACUAGGCACCCGGCUUAGCAAACUUGCCCUCAAUUCAACAGUUGAGUUGGAGUCCCAUCCUUUCGACCUUCAUGGUUACAAUUUCUUUGUUAUUGGGACUGGAGUUGGGAACUUCGACCCCAAAAAGGACCCGGCAAAGUAUAACUUUGGUGGAUCCUCCCGAAAGAAACACAAUCGGAGUUCCUACCAGUGGUUGGGUUGCCAUAAGGUUCAGGGCUGA